AUGGCUCCCUCAGCUCCCGGGACGGCCAGCAACUCGCCGGCCAAGAAGACUUCUGCCCCCGAGAAGAAGUACAAGUGCCAAUUUUGCAAUCGCGCUUUCAGCCGUAGUGAACAUCGCAGCAGACAUGAACGGUCCCACACGAAAGAACGGCCCUUCAAGUGUUUGAAAUGUCGGAGUACCUUUGUGCGCCGUGACCUUCUCUUGCGCCAUGACCGUACCGUGCACGCCAAAGAUGGCGGCAUCCCCUUGGUUGCGGAAGGUCGCAGACGUGGUGGAAACGGAGGCGUGCAGAAGCCCUCCUCGUCAGCCCCCUCCAAGCCCUCAAUCACGAUCGACCCGGCGACGCUGGAACAGAUCGAGGCAAGCAGUGAUGGUAUGGUCGAUCUUGAAACUGCAGCCAUGUUGAUGACAGAUUUCCAACAUAAGGCUGCAGCAGCAGUGACUGGUCAGGUUUCCGAGCGCUCCGAGUCCCUUUCGCCUGGGCGUGGUUCCUUCGAUCCGUACCUGUCGGGCAACGCCACUCUGCCCCAGAUGCCUUGGGAUACCCUCAUCUCCCCCGCAGAAACCGGUUCGAUGCCCACUCUGAUCGACCGUCACGGCCCCGUUGGAGACGUUCUCAUGUCCCACUCGCUGCCUAUGUCUGGAAACUCUACCCCUAAUGCCCUGUCCCCGUAUCCCUCCAUGACAGGCCCCGUCAGCCCCGUGAACUACCGCCGUUCUCCUGGACCCAGCCAAGCUUUGACCCUCCCCAAGGCCCCUCAAAUCGCUGACGAGAUGGAGCGCAGUUUGGUUGUGGAGCGUGUGCAGAGUGCGGACACCCUCGGUGCCUUGCCUGAUAACUUCCAGAUCCCAGCCACGGCCGCUCUGAACCGGUACCUGUCAACUUACUUCAACUUGUACCACCCCCAUCUGCCGUUCCUCCACCAGCAGUCCUUCAAGCCUACCUCGGCUCCAACCCCCCUGCUCCUUGCUGUCCUGUCAAUCGGUGCUCUGUACACCUUUGAGCGGGACCAUGCUUUUAUGCUGCACGUCGGUUCCAAGGUUCUUGUCAACCAAUUCCUGCAACACAAGGAGAACUUCGACUCGCGUAAGUGCCCUCUGUGGCUGAUGCAGAGCACUCUGCUCAACAUGGUCUUUGAGAGCUGGAGUGGUGACCCCAAGGGUCUCGAGUGGACUUGCUCCAUCAAGAGUCUUUUGGCCAACAUGGUCGCUGGCAACCGGUACCAGCUCAAGCUGCGCACCGAGGCUCGCCAGACCGUUUAUCCUUCGCGCGAAGAGUGGAUUGAGGACGAGUCUUGCCGCCGUACCUACUUUGCCGUGUACAUCUUCUUCGGCAUGCUCACUCUGACGUUCAACCACACUCCUGCGAUGAGCUUCGACGAGUUUGACAACCUGGAGCUGCCUUCAUCUGAGUCCCUCUGGAACUCGGAUGCCACGGACGAUGAGACCUGGCGCCGCAACAUUACCGCGGCCAGUUCGAUGACCGUCCGUGAGGCUCACGACUUCCUAUUCCAGGGCGAGCAGACUCGCUACAGUGCUUUCGCUACCCGUGUCUUGAUCAAUGCCCUGUUCCUCCAGGUGUGGAACCACAAGCGUAGCUUCGAGGCUCUGCAGGAUGUGGUCACCGAGUACAAGCUUCGCUUGGCUCUGGAAACCUGGGAGAGCUCCCUUGACGUUUGCGAGCCCGAGACCAUCGUUGUCCCGCUCAGCACUCCUCAGAAGGGUCACCCCCUGAUCUUCAACUCGAUGGCGGUCUACCGCAACACUCGUGCCCGCCUGGAAGUCGACCUCAAGUCCAUCCAGGAGGCCAUGCGUUACCACUCUUCUUAUGAGGUGGCUGCUGCUAUGACCGUCGCCCGUGAGAAGGUCAAGCGCUCGCAGGAGAUGAACAAGGUUGUCCAGCAAUGCUUCGAGUGUAUCGAGAUUGCCGCCAUUCAGGGCAUCAACUGGGUUGCCAAGACCUCGGCCACCAACUGGAGUGUCGAGCACCCGCUCUGCGGCCUGGAUCUGAUGGUCAUCCUGAGUCUCUGGCUCUACCGCCUGGAACAUGACGACGAGCCGGCGACUGAGGCCGAACUGGCCAUCUAUAACAAGGUGCGGAAUCUGUUUGAUGAUGACGCCAUCGAUGCCUUUGGUAAACUCAGCUCCACCGUCGCCCGUGUUUGGGGUAACAUCCUUGACGGCGUAGUUGUCUGGGGAAUUACCAAGCUGAUGGGCGAGUCAUUCAAGCUGCACUCCCAGGCUCUUGUCGGCUAUGAAGAUUCUCUGCGUGUCGCAAAGGAUCAGCCGAUUCACGCGGUGCCAACUAAGUCGCUCGCCAGCGUCGGCACCGCCUAUUAA